AGAGAAUGUUGAAAAAUGAACUCAGUUAUUUUCUUUGUUGAUGUCAGCUACCUAAACAUUUUAAGAGUGAUGGAAAACACAGGACUUCAAGGUCAAAUUCCAGCUGCCUUCUUCAGCCUUCCACUGUUAACGAAAGUUGUAUUGAGGAACAACCGCCUUAAUGGCACUUUGGAAAUCAGCUCCAGCUAUAGCAACCAACUGCAACAUAUAGAUUUGCAGAACAAUUCCAUAAUUGACUUUGUGCGGGGAACGCGAUUUAAGUCUGAGUUAAUACUUGUAGGAAAUCCAGUUUGUGAGGGAAAACAAGGGAUAGAAACAUACUGCACCGUUCAACAGUCUAAAUCCUUGUAUUCAACACCACCAAAUAAUUGUGUGCCUGUUGCCUGCAAAUCAGAUCAAAUAUGCAGCCCCAACUGUAGAUGUGCUUUUCCAUAUAUGGGUUCCCUAAUCUUGGCAGCUCCUGUCUUUGACCUAGAAAACUUGAAUAUCUACGUUGCUCUCGAGAAUUAUCUGAUGAGUUCUUUUCAUUCCCAUCAACUCCCUGUGGAUUCAGUUUCUCUGAGUAAAUAUUCAUAUAAUUCCCCCAUGCUUAGCUUAAAAAUGUUUCCAUAUGGUGUAGACCGUUUCAAUCGAACAGGAAUUUCUGGAAUUGGGUUUGUGCUGUGCAACCUAACUUUCUAUCCUAACAAGACUUUUGGACCUUUAGUUUUCAGAGCCGAUCAAUAUGUGUAUUUUGCAGGAUCUACAGGCACUAACAAGUCAUUGAGUAGGGUCAUUAUUGGAGCAGCAGUUGGUUGUUCUUUGCUUGUGAUAUUGUCCCUUCUUGCCGGAAUUUAUGCUUUUCAUCAAAAGAGAAGAGCUGAAAUUUCUGAUAAACAGAACAAUCCUUUUGCUUCUUGGGACUCAAAUAAAAGCAAUGGUGGCGUUCCUCAGUUAAAAGGAGCUAGGUGUUUCUCAUUUGAAGAGCUUAAGAAAUACACAAACACUUUCUCAGAAGCCAACUGUGUUGGAUCUGGUGGCUAUGGAAAGGUAUAUAGAGGUACUCUUCCCACUGGGCAACUGGUUGCUAUCAAAAGGGCUAAACAAGGAUCUAUGCAGGGUGGUCUUGAAUUCAAAAGUGAGCUUGAGCUUCUGUCCAGGGUUCAUCAUAAGAAUGUUGUCAGCCUUGUGGGUUACUGUUUCGAGCAAGGUGAACAGGUGUUGGUGUAUGAGUAUAUUGCAAAUGGUACACUAAAGGAGAGUCUUUCUGGGAAGUCUGGAAUCAGGCUGGAUUGGAUGAGGCGGCUUCAAAUAGCCCUUGGUGCAGCAAGUGGUUUGCAAUAUCUGCAUGAACUUGCCAACCCUCCGAUCAUACAUAGGGACAUCAAAUCAAACAAUAUCUUGCUGGAUGAAUACCUGAAUGCAAAAGUUUCUGAUUUUGGUCUGUCCAGGAGUCUUCCUUACAGCGAAAAUUGUCAUAUUACCACUCAAGUCAAGGGGACAAUGGUCGGUAAAUUUCCUUCUAAACCCUAGUUUUGAAAGAAAAAAUUACUAUCAAUUAGAAGUUGGAUAAAGAUUUUCAAAGCAUCUUAGUCAUAGUUAAAAUCUAUCUGUUCUUGAAGUGGUCAGUUCUCAGUUAUGAGAGAUUCUCACGAAGCUGGUCUCAACUAGUCAUAUCCCAUUGGUAAACGGAGAACCAAAUCAAAUAUAUUAAAGCCCCCUAUUGUGUUUCAAUGAAAACAACAAUUAAAGCGUGUCAUUUUUUCCCAUUAACAGCCAUUUCUUUUUAAACCCCCCAUAUAUAUGUAUAUAUAUUUAUUUUUAAUAGCUGGUUGAGGUAGAAAAAAUUGAAAAAGAAGAAAUCACAUGGAAGAAUAUCUUGAGAAAAAAUAGCUAUAGGAUAUUGGAGAAUGGGGAUUUUUUUCAUUAUGAACUUUAGUAUGGAAAGAUAUUGUGCAUUAUGACUUGGAACAUUUUUCUACUUUUUUAUCAGUCCAAUCCCUUACUCUGUGCUGGAGGUAACACUAUUUCAUAAAUUUGAUAAGACCUACUAUCUGCUAUCUACAUGACUUAGCCCUUGAUUAGCUACAAGGCCACUAUCGGAUUGGAAAUUGAUGGGUCGUUUUUUCCACCAAAAAUAAAUAUUAAAAACCAAGUAGAAACUACUAUUCCUUAAAAUAGUAGUUAAAACCAGGUAUCAUUCAAACGGAGACAAAGGGGCCAAGUGUACAUUAAUUUCAGAAUAAUUCCUAAAUUAAUUCAAGAAAGAUUGUUCAAAUGGUGAUGACUAAAUUAAUUAAAAACUAAAAAUAAACAAAAGCAAUAUAAAAUUGAGUUGAGAUAUGGAAGUGAGAAUCUCAAGGUUAUUAAAUUCACCACCAAUCUCCUAACUAGGAUUUUUUUUUUUGGGGGAUAAAUAAACAAAUAUUAUGAAGAAAGCAUCAAGAUGAUGCAAAGAAUACAAAAAGGCAAGCCCACAUAGGGACAAAACAAACCCUAACCAAUUACAUCAUCUAAAAAAUCUAAAAAACAAACAUAUCUGGAUCAACCUUCCUCUCCAUCCAACUAUACAAAACUACCAAAAGACGACUCUCUAACCAAGAAGCAUCAUGAUAAACCUCUUGAAAAGUUCGCCUAUUCUGCUCCAAUCAAACAAGCCACAUCAAGCAAAACGGGUCAACACCCACACCCAUUGGCACCGAUGUCCAAUCCUAACACCCCGCUAGCUCCAAAGCAUAUCCAACACCCCCUUUGGUUGAACCUAAACAAUCCCAAAAAGUGAACAAAUAAAACCCCAUAACCGCGAAGCCACUGAACAAUGAAGAAACAAAUGAUCCACCGACUCCGCAUUCGCACAACACAUACAGUACCGAUUUACUAAAACAUGCCCACGCCGCAUCAAGUUAUCCAACGUGAGAUUCCGCCCUAACGCUGCCG